AUGGCAGACGAAAACGACAACACGCAUGCUGGUGCUCGGCUAACUAAAGAACAGGAAGAUGAAUCGUUGAAACUCCAGAAAAGUCUAGAAAGUCUAUCUUCAUGGGAGAGUGAGAUGAGCCAAGUUGACACGGACGCCGAGAUCUACCGGAUCAAAAAGAGCCAGCCGAUGUACGCCAAGCGAAGACAGAUAUUGAAACAAGUACCCAAGUUCUGGUACAUUAUCCUCGCCGAGAAUGACGAUUUUGCAGACUAUAUAAGCCCCGAAGACUUGAAGUAUCUCGAGUAUAUCGACGACAUUCACGUUCAAUACCGCGUCGCCAAUGGCGACGGAGCCGGUAAUGUCAACCCAAAGGAUUUCGAAAUCACCAUUAGCUUUGCCGAGAAUUCGCUUAUACCGCAGCAGAGUGUCACUAAGGAGUUUUACUCUGUAAUGGGCGACGACGGCGAAGAGCACUUGAAGUCAAAGCCAGUCUCUGUUGAGUGGCCGAAAGAACUAGCAAAGAUCAACCCGCAGGCAGUGAAGGAAAAGUCCAAGGGCAAAAUCAUGACACCUGAAGAGAAAAAGAGGUACAGGCUAGGCAUGAAGUCGUUUUUUGCCUGGUUUGCAUGGACGGGCGAGAAGCCGGGCAAGGAGUUUAGAAACGGGGAGGAAUUGACUCAAUUGAUUGCGCAAGAUCUAUUCAUCAAUGCCUUGCGGUACUACAUUGUAGCCCUAUCGAUGGAUUCCGAUGGCGGCGAUGGGGACGAAGAAGACAGCUCAGAGGGAGAGGAAUUGGAUUUGAGCGAUAAUGAUGACGGCGAUAAAAAGAGGGCUUUGGAAGAUGCUGAUGAUGAACCAGAUAACAAGAACAAGAAGAUAAAGAAGAAGUAG